AUGGAUAUUGAUUACUCAAACGAAUCUUCGAGCGAUGGUUCUGGAAGCAGUGGAUCGAGUUAUAGCGAAGAUAUGAACGUCGAAAGAGACGUAAACAUGAUUCAACCUUACGCGUUUGAACCGGUUGAAACAGACUCGAGCGGUGACCAUGAAGAUUCGGAAGAAAUGGCUUCGGAAUCUUCGUCAAAUUCUUACAAAACCCCCAGACUUCAGGACACGAACUGGUAA